AUUUGUCAACCAAUAUGAUACUAGAUUAUUAGUGUUUACUAUAUUAAAUAUUUGACUAAUUGAAAUGAAAUAAGUAUUUAUUAUAACCAUUCAUUAUAAAUUAUUCUCUUAAUGAUUUUUUCUCAUAUGCUUCGCAAAAAAACAACUAGAAAUGAGCAGUGAAUUAGAAAAAACACAUCGCUUUAAAGUAGAAAAUAAAUUUAUCGUAAAAAGUGGUUGCAAAAAACGCAUGUGGAGAUCGCUAAAGCAAAUAUUAACUACCGAACGAACACUACCUUGGCCUGAAGAAGCUGUUUUGUACUAUUCAAUUAAUGCUCCACCCACUUUUAAACCCACAAAGAAAUAUUCUGAUAUAUCUGGUCUUCCAGCACCCUAUAUAGACAGACAUUCCAAACUUUUCUAUAGCAAUGCCGAAGAGUUUGCUACAGUCAGGAGUUUACCCAUGGAUAUAACAGCUGGCUACCUUCAACUUCGAGGAGCGAGUACAAUAGUCGGUUGAUAUACAUAUACCUAUAAGGGAAUAUAAUUACUUAAAACAUAAGUACACAAACAUUUUAUUACUGAUAAUUAUUUUUUUAAACUUUGUAGUAUAAUAAAAAGGUAAAUAAUAAUUAUUUUUUAUUAA